AUGCCUGCUGAUAGUGGAAUAAUGAAUGAGAUCGACGCUUCUAAAAAUAUGGCUCUGAACUCACACGACGCUCUCGUUUUUGAGUCUUUCUAUUAUCCUUGGUUCUCUCUGACAGUAGUAGGAGUUCUCGGAACAUUCAUCAACAUUUUUGUUAUCGUGGCAACUAUGCGAGGUGAAAGUAGAGAAAUGAGCAGUUUUUACAAAGUUCUGCUCAAUCUACAGAUAUCUUCUGCUUACACGUUGGUCAGCUAUACCAUACUCAUCAAUCAAAUAUAUGUGGAUGGUGUGACUUACUGUAUGGGCAUCUUCACUUUAGUUUUCUCAAUGAAUCUUUUAACUCAGACAAUAUGUCAAAGAAUCUGUUAUUUUGUGAUAAGUAUGUCGUAUUGUGUUUUCACUGCUGGCUUCUACCAUCAUUUCAUUCCUCCCACGUCCAGACUCUAUUUGGGCACGAGUGCAAAGCGAACAUUGCUCAUUGCUUCAUAUGUGAUCGCAGCAAUCGUAUCAAUUAAUGAUCAAAUGCAUAAUCCUUUAGAGCCAGUUGUCCAUAGUGACUACGGCUACAUCCGAAAAGAUGCAGUUAACACACUCUUAUUAGGAACGGGUGUUAUAGCUAUUGCAGUCUGUGUCAUAUCUCACAUAAUUUACUCAAUCAAGUUCGGACCUGUUCUCUCUGAACAUACCAGGAAGAAUAGAUUAGUUUUUGUUAAAGCGUUUAUAAUUAUGCUAUCAAUUCCCGUUUUCAAUUCGACUAUAUUGGGAUUCGUCAACAUGCUCCUUGUUCCGGAGGAUCGGCAGAGUCUGAAGGUGGUAAUAAAUGGCUUCACACAUUACCAUUUGUUCAUGACCAAUCUGUCAUAUUUGUUUUUCAUAAAGCCUAUUCGUAAGUCUGCUCUCAAAAUGGUAUGCGGAAACAAGUUAGAUGUUCGACCUACUAAGAAGGAACGACCGAUUUCGUUGAUCAUACCCCGAGAGCGAGCUAUGGAAUUCCGCAGUAGUAUUCAAGCCGCCAUAGCUCAGUUGGUUGGUGUAGUUACACAUACACCGAAAAACAUGUACACUAGCAGUACACUGUCGCAUAUACACCAAGUUUAA